ACGACUGUUGAUACAUUCUAUCUUGUAGAAUUACAGAAAAAUUGUAGGAAAAAUGUAUAUGAUUACAAUCAAACUCGUAACUUUAGAAAUUUUGGUCAUACCAGAAGAAAAUUUCGCCUUUCCUCCAUUAUGCCAAUUAUCAUUUGUAGCAUUGGUAUGCUUGUAACUAUAAGUUUUGAUUGGCAACGGAAGCUUAACCUAAUACCUAAAGUAGAUGCUGCUAGUAUCUUAGACUCAGAAAAGACUCAGAAUAAUGAAAAUGUAGAAAAUAUAGAACAGGAUGUACAAAAGAAGAAGAAAAACAGAAAACAGAAGAUUGGAUUUCGCGAUAGAAAGAUAAUAGAGUAUGAGAAUAGGAUUAGAGCAUAUUCAACGCCAGACAAAAUCUUUCGUUACUUUGCGACUGUGAAAGUAAUUAGUUUAGAAGGUAUUGAAAUCUAUAUGACACCUGAUGAUUUUCUUCGAGCUAUCACGCCAAAUAUGCAGCAGCCAGAUGGUCUUGGACUGGAUCAGUACAAACGUUACGAUCCAAAGAAUAUUCACACCAAAUUAGAAUUAGAAUUGGAUGAAGAUAGCAUCUUCUACAAGCUAGGCAGUGCUGGCCUUAUUACUUUCUCUGAUUACAUCUUUUUAUUGACUGUAUUGUCAACUUCUAGACGUCACUUUGAAAUUGCCUUCAGAAUGUUUGAUUUCAAUGGAGAUGGUGACGUCGAUUCUGAAGAGUUUGGAAAAGUAGCUACAUUGAUACGACAACAAACUAGUAUAGGUACUCGACAUCGCGAUCACGCGACUACAGGAAAUACAUUUAAGGGAGUAAAUUCUGCGCUAACAACAUAUUUUUUUGGACCACAAAUGAAUCAAAAGCUAACAAUCGAGAAAUUCUUGGAUUUUCAGCAGCAAUUGCAACGGGAAAUUCUGAGUCUUGAGUUUGAACGACGAAAUCCAGACGAGUAUGGCAACAUUACUGAGGUAGAUUUUACAGAAUUGUUAUUGGCUUAUGCUGGAUAUCCAGCGAAAAAGAAGGCAAAAAUGUUGAAGAGAGUAAAAAAGACCUUUAAAGAAAAUCCGAAAGGGAUCAGUAAAGAAGAAUACCUCAAGUUUUUCCACUUUUUAAACAAUAUUAACGAUGUUGAUACAGCUCUCACAUUUUAUCAUAUAGCUGGCGCAUCUAUCGAUCAAGCGACAUUAAAACAUGUAGCAAAAACUGUAGCACAUGUUGAUCUAAGUGAUCAUAUCAUUCAAGUGGUAUACACAAUUUUCGAUGAAAACAUGGACGGACAACUUAGCAAUCGAGAGUUUGUCGCUGUAAUGAAGAACCGUGUGCUGCGCGGCCUGGAAAAGCCAAAGGAUACUGGUUUUGUCAAGUUAAUUCAAUCUAUGAUGAAGUGUGCGAAAAACAACAAUCUCCUGUCGUACGAUAAAUAAUUGAGUAUUUAAAUGCUACUUGGUCUUCUUUAGGUACCUGUUAAAUUAAUAUUUGGAGAGAAAUAAAAUAUUAUGUAAAGUAUAGAAUUAUAAAAUAUUUAAAACGCAAGUUUGCAAUUGUAUUAAUUAUAAUACUUAUUAUAGAGCAUAUAUCG